GUAUCAGUACGGAAAUUUACCAAUUUGUCCCUCUAAAUCAUUGAAUGAAUACUGUUUUUGAAUUUAAAUUACGUCUUUCUUUGACAGCGCAACAACAUAUGUAUUUGUUCUUCAAGGACCUUGACGCAUCGCUUCCAUUCAGCCAUUGAACUGGGAAGAGGAGGGUCCAUACUGUUGCGGUUUUACUGCGACCUGUGUGUGAUUUUAUAGGUAAAAUGUGGCUGUUUACCCCACACUAGGGCUCUUUUCACGUUGUUAGGCGAUACAAUUCGGUCGGCUUGAGCCGUCGGUAAAGAUCAGCGCCGUAAUGUCUGGAGCGGGCGGUGGGGGAGGAGGCUCCUCCUGUCAGGGCGCAGCAGCGGCGGCCAGUUGCAGCUCCGCCGGCUCUCCCUACGCCGCUGCAGCCGGAGGAGGCGCAGGGGUGGCCGGGAGGUUGCCAGCUCGGGUCCUGGAGCAUGUAUUCUCGUAUUUGGAGCUUAGCGACCUGAUUAGUUGCGCGUUGGUCUGCUGGCAUUGGAACAACAUGCUGUCGGAUGAGAACAGCGAGGUGUGGCGCAGCCUCUGCAGCCGGUCCUUGAGCGACGAAGCUCUGCGCUCUGACAUCCUGUGCAACCUGCCCACCUACAAGGGGAAACUCAAGGCCUUUCAAUAUGCUCUGAGCUCCCACGACUGCUCCCGCAACGUUUACGUAAAGAAGAACGGCUUCACCCUGCACCGCAACCCCAUCGCCCAGAGCACGGACGGCGCCCGCGGCAAGAUCGGCUUCGCGGAAGGGAGGCACGCCUGGGAGAUCUGGUGGGAGGGCCCCCUCGGCACCGUGGCGGUGAUCGGCCUCGCCACCAAGCGGGCGUCCAUGCAGUGCCAGGGCUACGUGGCGCUGCUGGGCAGUGACGACCAGAGCUGGGGCUGGAACCUGGUCGACAACAACCUGCUGCACAAUGGCGAGGUCAAUGGCAAUUUCCCCCAGUGUAACAAUGCGCCAAAAUAUCAGAUCGGGGAGAGAAUACGAGUGAUUCUAGACAUGGAUGACAAGACAUUAGCCUUCGAGAGGGGUUUUGAGUUUCUUGGCAUAGCGUUUCGUGGACUGCCCAAAGCUUGCCUGUUCCCAGCGGUCUCUGCAGUAUACGGCAACACCGAAGUCACCAUGGUGUACCUGGGGAACCCCCUAGACGGCUAGAUGCAAAGUGCCCUGUGCCACCACCAAAACUAACAAGCCCCUGGCGAGAGCCGGACUAUUUUUUUGUCAACACACUUCAGACUGUGUUUUGGAGACCAACGGGUCGUGUUCCUUUCAAGCUGAAUUACUAUUUCUCACACACACACACACACACACACACACACACACACACACACACACACACACACACACAAAGAGAACUGUAGGCAUUUCAGCUACAGCUCGACAUAAGGACUCAAACUACAGCGGAGAAGGAAUGCGUGGGAAUGGUCACAUGUUUCUGUAUCAGUGAGGAAGUGUGUGGACUGCUUCAUUGGACAGGACAUUAUUGGAGUUCAUGCUAUUCCUGCUAUCGGUGCAGAACAUUUAGGUGAGAAUUCGUGUCGGCUUGAAUGAGGCCCAAACUAUUCUAAACCCGUGGCAAAUACUUUAAGACGUUGUUUUUAACAAGUGAAACAGUAGUUGUUAUCGAUAGCGAUCUGUUGUAUGAGUCAAAGAAAACGGCUCGUUUAACUAUAAUCGAUGACCAGAGUAUAUUAGUUAUAUGCCAAAUCAAUGUGACCUGAUCGCUAUAGACAAACAAAGAAGACGAGCGGACACACUGUCAUGCAUGUGCAUGGAUACUGGGGUAAAGACGAUAACAACUGACCUUUGAUGUACCAAUCCAGUAAUGUUGGAAGACUACAGCUGUAUCAGGUUUGUUUGCGUCCUUUUUAAUGUGCUACUGUAGUAUUACACACUAUUUAUUUCAUGUUUUUUAUCUAUGGUACUAUAUAUACUGUAUGGUAAUAAGGCCUGAAAAUAAAGUCUACAAGAUGCCACUCUUCUAAUAAAGAUGGUUUGAUGUUUGA